AUGGGCUUUGUUAGACUUGUUUGCAUGAUAACCCUUUCUCUUUUGAUAAUUUUCCUUCUUCCGCCGUCCUCGGCCAUGGAUCUUUCCGUCACUUCCGGCGGUCUCCGGAGCAACGAGGAGGUUGGGUUUAUCUUCCAAACGUGGAUGUCCAAGCACGGCAAGACUUACACCAAUGCCCUCGGAGAUAAGGAACAGCGUUUUCAGAACUUCAAGGACAACCUCCGUUUCAUUGAUCAGCACAAUGCUAAGAACCUCUCUUACCGGCUUGGUUUGACUCAGUUUGCCGACCUAACCGUCCAAGAGUACCAAGACCUUUUCUCUGGUCGCCCUAUACAGAAACAAAAGGCUCUCAGAGUUACUCAUAGGUACGUACCACUCGCCGAAGAUCAGCUCCCUCAGUCAGUUGACUGGAGGCAAAAAGGUGCAGUGUCGGAGAUUAAAGACCAAGGACGCUGCAAUAGCUGCUGGGCGUUCUCCACUGUGGCAGCAGUGGAAAGUAUAAACAAGAUCGUUACAGGAGAGUUAAUCUCAUUGUCCGAGCAAGAAUUGGUCGACUGCAGCAUCGACAACCACGGUUGUAAUGGAGGCUUAAUGGACUCAGCUUUUCAGUUCCUUAUCAAUAACAAUGGUCUUGAAUACCAGUCAGAUUAUCCAUACCAGGCCGUUCAAGGCUACUGUAACCACAACCAGAAUACAUCAAAAAAGGUUAUCAAAAUUGAUGGCUACGAGGAUGUGCCAGCCAAUAACGAGAAUUCCCUACAAAAGGCAGUUGCUCACCAGCCUGUGAGUGUCGCCAUUGACAAAAAGUCCCAAGGGUUUAUGCUCUACAAAUCGGGUAUAUAUACUGGACCAUGCGGGACAGAUCUUGACCAUGCAGUUGUUAUCGUCGGGUAUGGUACUGAGAACGGUCAAGACUACUGGAUCGUGAGAAACUCAUGGGGCACGGUGUGGGGAGAGGCUGGCUACGCUAAGAUUGCUCGUAACUUUGAAAAUCCAACAGGUGUAUGUGGGAUUGCGAUGGUUGCUUCAUACCCUAUCAAGAAUCCGGCUACUUAAGGCAUGAUGAGUAGUAAUCAUGUGUUUGUUUGAGUAUAUGUCUAAAGAAUUUUUCCUAGCACUUUGAAAGGAAACUAAAAUAAUGAGUGCCUGGAAAAAAAAAAUAGAUGUUUUAUUCAUAUUAAUGUUUUAACUUUCGCGUUACCUGGAUUA